CUGAAUACCGAUAAUUCUGGCAAAGUUGACCGAAUCGACGAAGAAUUCACGGUUGCCAGACUGUUGAUAACCAAAAUGAAAACGGAAAUCAAAGCUUUGACGCAGAAAUGCGCCCAGUUUGAUGCGUUUCAGUCGGACUACACUAAAAGAGUGGAAGACAACCAACGAGAGCUGAACGAAAGUCAUCUUCUCAUUCAACAGUAUGAGGCUAAAAUGAAAUCCCUGAUGGAGUCAAUGAAAGACGUGGAGAACAAAAAGCGGCAGCUUGAAGAAGCGAUAGAUGCGCUCAACGAAGAAUGCGCGAAACUUAAGGCGCAAGAAAAGGUGGCCGAGGUUGGGAUGACCCCGUCUUCUGAUGCUGAGGUAAAAGCAGCUUUGGAGUCGCAGUUGGAGUCGCACCGUGAGGCUCAUGCAAAACAGCUAGCUGCACUACGUAACGAAAUUGACGAGAAAAACAAAACCAUCGAGCAGCUACGACUGUAA